CCUGGUCUCAGACCUAUCUCAAGAUCGGAAAUAAUGAGCUCUGAGCUCGUUCCGUAGAGUAACGUCUGGCUGUCUCGUCAGAGACUGCAGCAGAUCAAACAGUGAAUUACACAUACGACAAUAACCAGAUUUGAAGUGGGGAUAUUGUUUCAGGUGUGCGUGAUGUCCCUCCUGACUCUUGCAGGGGGCCACCCACACCUCCUGGAUUCCAUUAAUCCUAUUAGAGUGCAGACGUCGGCCCUCUCCUUGGAUCAGCGAUACCUUCCUGCCAUCCCUACCAAUCCUACCGCCGCCUAUCUCGCUGGACAGCGGGCGGGUAUCGCUGCCCCCAGCAUUCCUCUGCUCAUCAAGCUGCACAACGGCCAGGCAGGAAGCACGCAGGCGGCCGAGCUGCAGUUUGGCAAGGGCCACCACACUGCUGGCUAUGGUUACCAGCCACAAGUGACACAUGCACCCACGGCAUCCCCCUUUUAUACUCAAGGCUUGCACUUACCUGCCAACGUCCAGGCUGGGUCCAACCUCCACUCCCAGCCAUCGAUCGAAGAAAAAUACAGUAUGGAAACAGUUGAAAUAGCUACAAAGCCUCCGUCUCUUCUCUCGGCAGUUGCAAAGAAACACACCUUAGUUGUUCCUCAGCCUGCAUCUCCUGCCCCUAGCCUCCCUCACCGUGUCCUAUCUGCUACUCCUGCCCCCAUCGCGCAGGCACCAAAGCCUACCAGCAUGCAGGAAGUACUCACGAAAGUUACUGAAGACCCUGCACCAAUAAGCGCCCCCGCGGAUGUUGAUUCGAAGCUUCAGGAGCCCAACGAAAUACUAACUGAGGUUAUCAGCGGGACAGACUCUUCUAAGGCAACAACCUCAGCGUCUGGCGAGACGAAAGUUUCAUCUAACGUUUUGCCUUAUGGCUUCUUCAGGAAUGACCCGUUCUUGAUGUACAGGUUACCAAGUGCCGGUGCCGCCCAGGGGGAAGGCCACUUCGUCAUCAUGGUGCCGCACCACUCUGCAUCACUCGCCACUGGCCAAGGGAAGCAGAACGGCGUCACAGUGUACCUGGCCAAGGAUGUCCGUGUCCUCAAGCCUCAGCACCACAGAGAGUUAGACCUCGCCUACUAGCAGGCUGACAGUUCACUCACGCUGAAUGAUAAGUGACAAGGCUGUCUUAUCGAGUACUGAUGUUGCCUUCUGUCUAUCUAAAUAUCAGUAUUAUGUUGCCAAACCAUUAUGCACUGCAUUAAUAAAAGAACAAUGUUUGUUGCUUAACU